AAAAGUGAAUAUAUGCUGCUGAGAUGCAUGUGGGGGAAAGGUUGCUGAUACAAACUUACUUGCACACAGUGAAGAGAUACACCUGAAGACAAGAUAAAAGCUGAGUGUGGGAGACAAACAGGGAGACACACAUACAAGAGCUGCAGAAGGAAAGCUUGAAAAAAAAAAAGAGAACAGAGCCAUCUUGAGGAUGAAGUGUGUUGCUGUUGCAUUGCUGAGUCUCCUCUCACUGGGACACUCUGCUCCUGUGAGCAGCUGUGACAGUCUGGUAAAACCAAAAACUAUCAGCAAUGAAGACAUGUUGGGUAGGUGGCUGUACAUCGGGGGCAGCUCUGACCUCCCAGGAAGCCGCUCCCUGGGCCACCUGCUGACCAGUGCCUGGCUGGACAUCACAGCAACCACCCAGAGCAACAUCCUCAAUCUCGUCCAGACUCAGAGAAUAUAUGGUGACUGUUCGAGCUUAACAUACAAUGUGACCUUUGAAAACAGCACAAUGUUAAUUGAGCAACCUUUUUACCUCAAAGAAGUAUAUCUGAAGACUGACUGCUCUGACUGUCUGGUUGUCCAUGAAGAAGUUGUCUCUGGCAAAGACACUUUCACCAGUCUUCUGCUUUUUAGCAGGAGAAAGAGCGUCUCACCUGACGCUCUGGAGAUGCUCAAGAAACAAGCAGAAUGUCUCCACAUGCCGUCGCCAAUAAUGAUAGAACCGAACUACGAAAUCUGCCCAGACAACAUCCUGCCCUCAGAGGGGCUGAGUGCCUUCAGCUCCUUAUUAGAGGCCAAGAUGGGACAUCGAGUUGCAAGACUUCUGGAUUCUCUAUUUGAUAUGUUUGUGAACUGAUUUAGACUUUGUUUUUGAUUUGUGCCAUAAGCCAUUUUGAAGGACUAAGGGUACAUUUUUUUCUGAGAUAUUGUAGGUCAGUAAUUAAGAGAUUUUAAUAAAAGUAAAUGUAGGAACUACCUUAUUCUCUUAUUUCUACCAUAACCCUUAAAAUUUAUGGUGCUGAUGCUAUCAUCAUUAUAACUCUUUAUAGCUGGUGAUUGUGGAGACAGAGGAUAAAAAGAUGUCAUAUGCUUAAAAUUGCCACCACUGCUUUUCUGUUCAACAAAAACCUUGUUCCACUAGAUUCAUUACAUCCAGGGGAAGUGGCUGGAUGCUUUUCCUCUGACAUCUUCUAAACGCUAAAUUUCAUCACGCCAAACACACUUCACUGCCUUUACAGCCUUCUUGUGUUUGUACUUGCACACUUGCAAACUAAUUUCCUAAGAGGAAAGGCUUUUGUAGAAGAGGUGCGCACGCUAACCAAAUGACAUGCUGGAGGCUUAAUGGUGGUGACGUUGACGUCAUGCGACCAUGGUCUGGUUUGUUUUUAGCCUGACAUUAGCUUUUUACUUGAGUAAAUUGAAUUUAGGCUUCAAAAAUAAAAAUAAAAAGUGGUGUUUAUGAAGAUUGUCUCUCUGAACAUGUAAGCGUCAUAAACUUUUCCUUAUCACAUAGCUUAUUUUCUGCAAUAAUCCAAAAGCCAAUUGAAAAGUCCCAUUGGCUUUUUUGUCGAGGGAACCAGGGUGAUGCUUACUUCUGCGCUGGCCUACAAAAACAUGUCACCCCCACCAUUGUACACCAGAGUACAAUGUAGCUGGAAGAAACUGAAAUAUAAGAGAAACUGCAAGAAGCGAUAAUUCUCUGAGUUCAUCACUACUAGCAAUGCACAUACUUAUUGUCAUUUGAUCCACUGAUAAUAUAAAAUGUUGAAUAUCAGCUUUAAGUAUGCAAAAUGUAAUACACAGAGGGUAUCUGUUUACAGUAUGUAGCUAUUUCAUUCUGCUGUUUUAAAAAAUACUUUUUCCAGUUUUCCAGUUACUGCUUAUUAAAGUUAGGUAUAUAUAUACUGUACUAUACUAAUUAUAAUCCAUAGUAAUUAUAAUCCAAUAACAUAAUAUACAUUAUUCUAAAAUGGGCUAUUCUGCAUGAUGAUACUUUACAUUUGGUACUUUAAGUAUAUUUUGAUAGUAAUACUUAUCUACUUUUACUCAAGCGACAUUUUGAAUGCAUGUACUAUGCAGUAUUUAUAUACUCUGGUGCUGCUACUUUUACUUGACUAAAUUGACUGGGUAGUUCUUCCACUGUUGAAUUUGACCACCUUUCAACCAGAUUUCAACACAAGUGUAAACAGUUGAGGACUCCAUGUGGGCAGAGCCUCUGUUCUUCAUACAUCAGUUUUAGCUUGAAGAAGAAACAGUCAGCUUCAAACUGCGAUCAGGGCAAUACACACAGGUUCAGGAUCUUUGUGUGACGAACCAUGAUGUGGCUGUGCUCAGUCUUCUGUCUGUUGGACAGUCAGCUCCUGUAACAGACUGUGAAAGUCUCCUCCGACCUCUUGAAAUCCAAGGAAGAGACAAACUGCUGGGCAAAUGGUUGUUCAUAGCAGAAAGUAUAAAUAUGACUGGAUCCAGAUUGCUGACGAAGACGGAUGUAGAAAGCGCCUGGGCCAUAAUGACGGCUGCUAAUGAGAGUGAUGGCAUCGAUCAUUUGCAGGCUCAAAAACUUUAAUUUUAAGCUUAAAUUCGAGGAUUAACUAAGUUAACCUUAAGAAACAGCACUCUCUCUAUGGGCAGGAGAGGGAAGGUGUCUGAUGCUGAGCUGCAACAGUUUACGAAGCAGGUAGAGUGUCUGAACUUACCAUCACCUGAUAUCCUGGACCCAGAAAAAGGCCUUUGCCCAGACGAGUUUCCCUCCCAAGAAAUAGAGACCAUUGAUCUUACUGAUGACAUGAAUCAAAUGGGCUCUGAAAGUGUCAAUCUAUUUGACGAAAUUAUGAACAGUGACGAUGGACUGGAGAAGCUCAUCAAACUGAACUCCAGCAGUGACAUAUCUGAUUUUAGAAAAAAAUUAAGAUUGUCAAGAGUUUCACGACAUGCUUACAUGAUGAAGAUGUCAUGUCUGUGUGUGUUCUUCCAAUAAAAAAAGAUACUGAAUGAA